AUGGAAAAAGGGGAGCAGCUUGCUGUGGGCUGCAGUGGACAGAGGGGGCUUGAGGUGAUGGUCCUCAAAGGAUGUAGAGGCUCAGGCUGCUGCAGGUCUCAGAGGUCUGUUUGCCUGGGGCUGCUCGGGGCCUGGGCACGAUGCCCACAGAAAAAUAGAGUUCCAGGAAGCCAUCCAGUUCCUCCACUCCCUGAGCCCAUCUGCCAUCCCAAGGCGGCUGGGCCUGGGGGGGAAGAGGAACCUCAGACUCUCACAGACUCUCAGAACCUUAGACCCUUAGACUCUCGGGGAUUCUCGGAAUCUCAGAGCCUCUGGAUUUUCAUAAAAGUCUCCGAGUCUCAGUCUCAGGAGCCCAGGAUGGGGGAGGGGGAAGGGUGCAGACCGAGACCAGGCAGCCAAUCAGGAGGGCGAGGAGGAGGAGGGUGGGGCUUGGCCCUUCCCUACUUCCUGUCUGGCAGGAAGUCCUCCCCGCACAGCGCAAGCCUCGGGAUCGUUGGGCACAUGUCUGACGGAGAGUUGCUCGAGGGGCAGGUCCUGGCCCCUCAGAGUACCAGCUGCUUCAUGAAGGCCCAGGCCACCUCAUCUCUCAAGAAAAAAUACUUCGAUUCUCAGCUGUUCCUGUUUCUGCUUUUGCAAUUAUUGUUUACCCUGAGCCUUCUCUCAUAUUGGUACCUGUUACCUUGGUCUGUGCAGAAACCUUGCCUCCCUGUGCAGGUAGCACCAUCUGUCACCCCUGUGCUCGUCAUCCUGCUAUGGACAUGGCCUUUUAAUCAGCAAGCGUCCUUUCAAGGACUCCGCUGCAUGGGCCCCUGGAUCAAGGAGGCGAACUGCCGAAUCACAUUGAACCGUACCUGGUAUAAGACGGCCCAUGCAGUCAUCAUCCACCACCCCGAUGUGAGUACUAGGCCCUCCACGCAGCUGCCUUCUAAACCAUGGCCAGCUGGCCAGCGAUGGGUCUGGUUCAGCCUUGAGUCACCUAGCCAUUUGAAUAACCUGGCUGCUAUGGAUGGCCUCUUCAACUUGACCAUGACCUACCACAGCGACUCAGACAUCUUCACCCCUUAUGGGUGGCUCAAACCACAGCAGGAAAACAUUUCCUUAACUAGACCUCCCUAUCCCAAAACCAAGCUGGUGGCCUGGGUGGUGAGUAAUUGGAAGGAAGACUCCACACGGGUAAUAUAUUUCCGAAAGCUACAGCCCUAUCUGUCCGUGGAUAUCUAUGGGAAACAUCACAUGCCAUUACCAACCAAAAUCCAGCAGUCUGUUUUAUCUAAGUACAAGUUCUGCUUGGCUUUUGAGAACUCUGUGCACAAAGACUACAUCACAGAGAGGCUUUGGCACAAUGCCUUGGCAGCCUGGGCUGUCCCCAUAGUGUAUGGGCCACCAAGGUACAGCUAUGAGUGCUUCCUGCCAUCUGACGCCUUUAUCCAUGUGAGUGACUUUAGGAGCCCCAAGGAACUAGCCAUCUAUCUAAUGAAGCUGAAUAAGGAUGAGAAGCGUUACCUAGCAUACUUCCAGUGGCGGAAGCACCUGGAGGUGGUAACCAGGUCUGGCUGGUACCAGGAAUUCUGUAAGGCUUGCCAGAUUCUACAGGAGCCACCCACCUACCGCACUCUGCCGAUGCUGUCCAAAUGGUUCUCCUGA